UAAAUCACGUCACCGUUAUUGGCGGUGGUGUAAUGGGAUCGGGGAUAGCGAUGAUAACGGCCGCCAACGGGUACCGAGUGACCGUGGUGGAUGUGAACGAAGGCGCACUUGUCCGCGCCCGGCAUCAAGUGGAAAAGGACCUGCGCCGGACGGCACAACAUGUCAGCAAGGGAAACGAACAAACGGUCAAGGAGUUUUACUCGGCUGCUGUGGAACGCCUGAGUUAUAGCGCAAACCUGAAGGAAGUCGUUGCCAAAACAGACCUAGUCAUCGAGGCGAUCGUGGAGAUCCUCGCCCAAAAGCAAACACUUUUUAAAACGCUCGAUCAAUGUGCGCCUCCGCAUGCGAUUCUCGCGAGCAACACUUCAUCGCUGUCGAUCGCGGACAUCGGAUCCGGUGCAGGUCCGCAGCGGCAAGAUCGAAUCGGUGGGUUGCAUUUCUUCAACCCGGUUCCAAUGAUGAAGCUGGUCGAGGUUGUCCGCACCGAUAAAACGUCGGACGCCACACACGCGGCUCUGAUUGCGUUUGGGACGAGCCUCCGGAAAACGUGCAUAACGUGCCGUGACACACCGGGUUUCGUCGUGAACCGGCUGCUGUUUCCGGUGAUAUCCGAGGCGCUCGGUAUGGUGGAACGUGGAGACGCCACGGCACGCGAUAUUGACGUGGCGAUGAAGUUAGGGCUAGGCCAUCCGAUGGGACCAUUCGAACUGAUGGACAUUGUCGGGUUGGACACGGUGCAAUCGAUUCAGCAGGAACGACAUGGUCGAAACCCGUCCGACACGACGGCCAAACCGAGCGCCAUACUCGAGGAGAUGGUGCGCUCCAAUAAGCUGGGUGUGAAAACGGGCGAAGGAUUCUAUAACUACAAAUAGUGCUAUAAGGGAUAC